AUGGCACUCCUCAGGAAUUCGCCGUGUACCGUGUGCCUGCUUACACUAAAAACUGGAGGACGGCGGCGCGCGGCGCGGCGCCCGCCCUGCCUGCUCCACAACCUCAAAGAACAAGGAGAUGUCUUGGAACCAUGUCAAAUCACCGCACUACUCGCAACAGCUACAAAGAUUGCCACAGAAGUAAGGCAAGUCUAUGAAGACACGCCAGAACCAGACUACCAUCUCCUCGCAUUAUGGGACAAAAGGACCAGAGCCUUAGAAAAGUACCGACAAGGGAAAGGGAAAAAACACCUAGACAAGGUCAACCGUUUAACGGAAGAAGCAAGCAAAUACGCAAACAAAUUAUCCAUCGACAGAUGGCUAGGGUAUUGCGAGUCCUUCGACGAGAAAACCAACCUUAGAGACGUGUGGAAGACAUUCAACUCCAUGUCAGGAAAAAAGAAAGGAGUCAGCCCUGUCCCGGUCAUCGCACUCCUCUCCAAUGAAAAAACUGAAGAAAUUCUCAACAAAUUGGGAGACAUCUUCUUUCCACAACCCCCAACGAAACAGGAGGAAAUCAUUUACCACCCAACCCAUUCGGGACCUGCACACAAGCCGGAAGACUUCCCCUUCACAGAGUGGGAACUCGGAGCGGCGAUACAACAGUGCAGAAGCAAGAGUGCACCUGGAGAAGACGGAAUUACAGUGCCCAUGCUCAGAAACGCACCCCUGGCCACCCGUCUUGUUAUCCUCAAAUGGUUUAACGAAAUCUGGGAA